GCUAUAGCUGUAGUUGUAGAUGGUGUUACUGCAGGCAGGGACGUUCGGAGGUUAAUGUGUAAACACUAGGCGAUUGCUUUUUGCCUCCUUGCCGGUUUUUCUUUUAAUUUUACUUAUUAGAUUUUCGAUACCGGAUUUAUUGUUCUUUUCGCAUCAAGUGGGAAAAAACUUAUUCACCAUGACGGUCGGAAAAAACAAUAAAAUGCUGCAGCAUAUAAACUACAGGGUCCGAAUUAUACUGCAGGACUCCAGGACGUUUAUAGGCACUUUUAAAGCAUUUGACAAACAUAUGAAUCUUAUAUUGGGAGACUGCGAAGAGUUUAGAAAGAUCAAACCAAAAAAUACAAAACAGCCGGAGAGAGAGGAAAAGCGUGUUUUGGGUUUCGUACUUCUUCGUGGGGAAAAUAUUGUCUCUCUUACAGUAGAAGGACCUCCUCCACCAGAGGAAGGUCUUCCACGAGUACCACUUCCAGGUGGUGGUGCAGGUCUUGGAACUGCAAGGCCAGCUGGUAGAGGAGUACCGACACCAGGAACUGCAGUAGCCCCAGGAUUACAAGGGCCGGUUAGAGGGGUUGGAGGUCCCUCGGCACAAGUUAUGGCUCCUACUAGUCGUGGACAAGUUUCAGCCCCGCCACAAAUGAGAGCUCCACCUCCAGGAAUUCCUCCAUUGAUGGGCGCCCCAACAAUGAUGAAUUUAACAGAUAUGCCACCAAAUAUGCCAAUGGGACGCGGAGGACCUCCACCACCGAUGGUCGGCCCUCCUACUCCAUCACUCAGAGGACCUCCUCCAGGAAUGAUGAGAGGACCGCCCCCUUACUAAAUAACUAUGUAUGAGUGGAUCAAAUUUUAUUGCAUGUGUGCAAUCAACCACAAUGAUUUACCUUUAUAUGUACAAUUUGGUGUAAAAAGUAAUUACAUACAAUUUUCAUUUCUUUCUUUAUCCAA